AUGUCUCUUAGCCAGCUUCCUCGUGAACUCCGAGACACAAUUUACGACUACUAUACAUCUGAAAAUGGUGGAUACUAUUUUGACCCUAGGGAAGGAAAGCUACGCACUCUAUGUGGGGACAAGAUUGACUUGUCGCUCAUGUACACAUGCAAGAGCUUCGCUGCCGAGAUGCGCGGUGUUCCGUUUCGAAACAACACCAUUCACUUUACGACUUCUCCUAGUCCUGAUCGCUAUAAUCGAGAUUAUCGACACUUUGGUCACCUACUAGAAAGACUUUAUGCGAUAAAGAUCAUGACGCUGUCGCAAGCCAGACCAUUCAUUACCGACGAAAUCGCCCGGAAGACCAUCCAAUCAUUCCCGCACUUCGCAACUUUGAUAAGGCAUCUCCGGACUUCGAAGGCAGAAGAAUGUGGACUUCAUGAGCAGUUGGGAAGAUCUGUAGAAUGGGGGUCCGCUCCGUCUGUCCAUCAUGACGCUAUCGCUGAAUUGCUUAGCAUGGUUGCGCAAAAUCCUGCUUUCGGUCAAGCGAUUCGAGAAGAGCUUUUUGACCAUGGUUGUGAGAUUCGUGAUGGUCAGGAUGUUUUAAGUCUAUACUCUUUGAGGCCAAAGCCAUGGUGUGCCCCAAACGCACACGAGAUUCAGACCAUGGUCCAGCACAUGCCCUCAUAUCGACAUCCGUCGAUCGAUGAGCGAGUUCGCGACCAAACAAGAUAUUCCGUUUCAGCCGCCUCACUGGCCUCGGAAUUUCUAUCAACCUUGACUCAGCGGUCUCGAAGUAGCAUACGACACCUUGAACUUCAUGAGCUACAUGCCAGUUUCGCAUAUUCUGAAUGCCAUGCUAGGGCUCUUAUCCCCUUCGUGAUCGAGAACCCUAAGCUCAAGAUCGUUCGUCGCGUAGACCUUUGGAACAAUGUUCUCGCUUCACAACACCUCCGAGAUUUCGAAUGGCGUCGCUAUAUCUGUAGUAAAGGAAGAACUCCGAUAGGCGACAUGGACGCUGACGAAGUUACCCGUACGCUCGCACUGUGGUUGACUGAAGCUCUGGCACUCGAACCUGCAGGUAUGCCACCAAAAACAUUUUCCCUAGCUUUUCAAGGUGAGAAGGAUUCGAUGCAACCUAUCUUUGACAUACUGCUUGAAGAUGCGUCAUGGCAAGCCGCGCUUGAGAAGUUUCCGGGCAAAGAGAUUGGAUCGGUAGACGAGCUGGAACGGAGUGGCACAGGUUAUAGGGGCUUUAGUAGUUACUUCUUCGAUGAACUUCCAGAACUGAUGAGGCAUAUCAUCAACGGUACUGCGCCUGUAACAUUCGACUAUUGUUCUGGACUAGUCUGGGACGUUCGAAACAUCCUUACGAUGAACAACACUUGCCAUGGCAUGGCAGACUGGAACAAGAAAUGGCGGUCCUUGCGAUAUCGUAAAGUUACUCCAUCGUUACCACAUACAUGGCAAACCAUUUUGGAGAACUACGUCUGCAAGGAUGAGGAGGCACGUUCGAUGUGA